CCUUCAUUGUUUGCAGUUAGAAACUUUAUCGACAAGCGGCGAGAUCGAUCCACAAUCGUAUAUUAUGUACAUUGUAUUUAUCGAAAUUACUGGUUGCAAAUGUGCAAUUUUCCAAUAAAAAGGGGAAUUCUUAUGUGGCGAAGAAAAUCAAAAACAAUCUCGUGCGUAAUGAAAUGACAAUGACAAAUUUUAGUUCAACACAAGUUUUAAUUGAAAGCAGCACGAUGUGCUUAUAAGAAGAACGAGAUUUUUCGUUUGAUCGUGAGUGAGAUUUAACAAACUGAAGAAUAUAGUUCAGACAACCACUACCAUGGACUUCGAUGAUAUGCUUGAGGAGCUCGGUGAGCUCGGUAGAUUUCAAAUCACCACUUACACAUUAGUAUGUUUGCCAGUAUUAUUCGCAGCUGCCAAUAGUUUAAGUUACGUCUUUACAGCCGGGGUGCCGAAUUACAGGUGUUUUAUACCGGAAUGCGAAGAAGCCGGCAACACUCAUUAUGAAACACCGUGGACAGACUGGGCCAUACCGGCCGAAGGGGAUUCCAACGAUGUCAUUAGCACAAAAUCGACUCUUUGCGACAUGUAUAAAGUUAACGAAACAUAUUACAACGCAUCACAGACCUGCACCAAAGACAUAUUUACUGAUCAAAUUAUACAGUGCAAUCAGUGGGUUUUUGAUGAAACUGAAUCGACAAUAGUGAAUGAGUGGAACAUCACAUGUACAGAAAACCAAUGGAAACUAUCGUUAAUAGGAUCUUCCCACUUUGCGGGUAUUGUAGUAGGGUCAGGAUUGUUUGGAGUAUUGGCCGACAGAUAUGGAAGAAAAAUAAUAUUCAUCGCCUGCAUACUAAUUAUGAGCUUAACUGGAGUGUUACAAGUCUUAUCACCGGAAUAUAUUACAUUUGUAGUACUGGUUUUCCUAAAUGCUUUAGGAACUUCUGGAGUAUAUCCGUUGGCAUUCAUAAUAGGGGUGGAAAUGGUAGGAAAACGAAAAAGAGAGGUAACCGGCAUAGUUCUAAAUUACUUCUAUGCUGUUGGUGAAGCACUGGUAGCUUUGUUUGCUUGGUACACCAAAAAUUGGAUAUAUUUGCAACUUAUAGUAGCAGCACCCCCAUUUUUGUUUUUAAUUUAUCAUUGGAUGGUGCCCGAAUCAGUUAGAUGGCUUCUAGCUAAUGACAAACAAGAAAAGGCCAAGCAGAUUAUUUGCAAGGCCGCAAAAGUUAACAAUGUGAUACUUUCCAGCAAUGUGAUGGACGCACUAAAGGAAGUGGCUCCUUUACAUGAGAUGGACAAAGCUUCUAUAACGGAAGAUAAAAUGUUGCCAGUAAUAAAAGAAAUGAUAACUUCUAAGACAUUACUCCUACGAUUCGCCAUUGUCUACUUUAUUUGGGCUGUGAACGCUUUUGUGUAUUACGGACUAUCAAUAAAUUCCACCAGUUUAAGCGGCAACAAAUACAUUAAUUUUGCGUUGGUUAGUUUAAUUGAAAUACCAGGCUACACAAUUGCUUGGGUAUCUAUACAAAAAAUUGGGAGAAGAUACGCUUUAAUACUUUCAUUAAUAUUGUGCGGUCUAACUUGUACCUUAACAAUAUUUGUACCUUCAGGUAUGACUUGGGCCAUUAUUGUAUUAUUCCUAUGCGGAAAGUUAGGUAUAACGUCUUCCUUUGGCAUUGUUUACGUGCACACAGCCGAAAUGCUUCCCACAAUCGUGAGGAGUGGCGGAGUUGGGUCGGCAUCUACCAUCGCCAGAUUAGGAGCUCUGUUAGCUCCUUUUGUGCCUUUAUUGGGAGUCUAUUUCAAACCUUUACCUAUGUUGUUGUUUGGAGGUACAGCUCUAACAGCAGGAUUAUUAGCUUUAAAACUUCCUGAGACGUUGGGAAUAAAAUUACCAGAAACUGUUGAAGAAGCAAAAAAAUUAUAAUAAUUUUUAUAUAAAUUUACUGAAUAUGUAUACAAUUAGUAUAUAUUUUUUUAAAUUUAGAUAAAUAUAUCCUUUGCAUGUGCAGUGAUUAAGACAUU